CAGCCUUCAGCAGCUUCUGAGCAGGGCACCUUUAAGAGUUGCCGCUCUGAAGUUGAAGCUCCCGAAGUAAUUAGGAGCUGGUUCGGUAUUCUGCAACAUCCUUCUUGGCCUUGUUGAUGAAAAGAGAUACGCCGGGAACAUUCAUGAGCUAUACUACGAAAGGAAGCACGUUGUGGGAGAAUAAAUGCUAAAGUGAGUCCAGCUUCUGAUGAAAGAGAGUCCAUGAUCAGCAAUUACUCAACCUCUUUCAAAUGCAGCAGGCUUUCCAAUCGUGGCUAGUCUUAGCUUAACGACUCGCUGCAAAGACCUGCUCAUGAUUACCUAGCUUUCAAGUUAGUAUGGCCCAGACAAGUAAUUUAGAGAGAGCUUCCGACAUGGAUCCGGAAGCGAUCACAAACGCAGAAACUUCCCCAGUUUCUCUCAGCAGCAGCCCGGAACUGGACAUUCCUCUGAGCGACUAUGAGGCAGCUCUUGACCGCAAGCGUUGGAAGGUGCAUGGCGAGGACUAUGAAAAAGUUGAGGAGAGGUUGCAGGCGGUCUGUUCACAGGUGCACGACACAAUUGCGCAGCUCAUUGGGGCAAUGCGCGACUUGGAACUCUGGCAGGCGACUGCGGCCAAGACGUGCGAGCUCCCCACCAACAGCCUUGCGAAGAUCACUGUGAUCACGAGCCAGAUGGUGCGAAGUCGCUCGACCUUGAGCGGCCAGCUCGGGACUCUGCAAGACGUGUGCCGCUGCUUCUUCCCUUCAACCAUGCUCCUAGAGAUAACAGGGCAACGGGAGCUGCAAGCGAGAGCCGAAGUGGAGAUUGAGAAGUGGGCCCAGCUCGCAUUCAGCGGGCAGCAGACCGCCAAGACCGAGUUCCGAACGCUGCGCGCAUCGCUACGCUGGUACCGCCUGUCAAAGCAACUCACGGACGGCGUCAUGCAGCAGAUCCAUCAGACGCGCGUCCGCAAAUUGCGCGCGCGCAUCGGCGACCUGGAGCGGCGCAACCGGGGCCUACGCGGACAACUAGCCUGGGAGAAAAAACGGGCGGACCGCGCUUUUGGCGCGCUUCACAUCAACCGGAAACUCGCGCGGAGCCUGGCGCCGGGGGACUGGGACUCCAUCCAAAAGGACGCGGUGAAAAGUGUCAAUGGGGACAAGGGGUGGGCGUCGGCCCGGGGGGUUGACACCAGGACCCCCCGGCAGAAGGGCGAGUUGAGUUCGAGGAGUGUUAGGCCCAGCACGAGGGGGGGUGCGGGGCAAAAUGGACGAGAGCUGCGGGCGAUCGAGAAGCGAAUGAGGGCCUCGUUGGGGGAUAGGGUAUCAGGCGUGGACAGAAACGGCGACGGGGAAGAGGAGCUGUUCCCGUACAAUGGUCGCCCUUCGGAGAUGGAUCCGCGGCGGAAAGGCGUGACGAACGCCGACUUUGCGGCAGCCGUCGCGAGCCUGACUGCGAAGAUUCGUGAGGCGACAAACAUGCGGAUCGGAAGCGUGGACGAGUCGCCGCCCGUCCUCGGAAUCGCGGCAAACAAUCUCAUGUCGAUGAGCGCGCCUCUUCCCGGGGACUUCAACUGGGCGGCCGGGUUUGGGUCGGUGUCAAUCUCAGGCGCAGCAAACGGAGCGGAGACUGUUGACACUGGUUCAGGACCGGAGCAUCCGCUGGCGAAUGGGCCAGCGCGGAGCCCGAGCCCAGUUCUGAACACGCGGAAAACGGGCAAGUUUAUUCCGAGCCUGAAUUUGUGGAAAAAAGGGGUUGCUGGGGCGCUCAAAGAAAGCGAAAAGGGAGAAGAGGCGUCUUCUUCGUCGGAAGGAACGCCCAAGAACGGAACCAAGAAGAGCGGAAAUCUGCGGAGGGACAGCCAUUUGCAGAGGAACGCGUCGAAGGCCGCUAACCGGGACGGUCAACCUGGGGGUUCCACGUUAGCAAAAGCUGCCACGUCAGCGUCGGCUUCGACGUCAGCAUCCCUGCCAAAGCUGACGUCAGCCCCUGGAGGCGGAGCGCAGUCGAGCGGGAUUGCUUCCGAGCGGAAUGGAACGAUGGAACAGUCAGCGGGGGACAAACUACCCUCCAUUUCCCAAGCCCAGAACUCACAAACCCAAAGUUCAGACCCCCCAAACCUUUCAAACCAGGACGUGCAAACCCAAAACGCGCAAGUCUCGAACGUGCGCGCAAAUGGCCCGGUCGUUCCGCGGCUGCCACUUGGCGCGCUGUCGGCUCGACGGUACGAUCCGGCGGAGGAAGCGGCCGGAACGGAACGACUCGCGAAAGCGCUUGGGAUCGACUUUGCGCCGGAGAUCGUGACUGGAGCAAAUGGUCAGAGAGCAAAUGGUGCCCCUGAAAGGAACGGGAUUCAGCCAGCGACGACUUCGGAUCCCCCAGGAACGUUUACCGGAAAACAGGAAAGAAAAGCUGAGCCAAGGCGCCUCGACAACGAACUUUGUCUGGAAAAUGCAACCGAGAGGGAAUUUAGCAGCGAGCCGACCGUCACCGAUCGCCCGAGGAAUGCAACUGAGAGGGGCUUUAGCAGCGUGCCGACCAUUACGGAGCGACCGGGGAGUGUUACCGAGCGGGGGACGGCAAGCACGUCGGCGCCCGCAAAUGGGGACGAAAGCCGAGAGACAUUUACGAAGCGGGACUUCCUAACGAUGCGGUUGGAGCAGAGCCGACAGCUGCAGCAUUUGCAAUCGCUCUACGAGGAACGCAUUCAGAGUCUGCACGCCUUUUACGAGAAGCUUCUUCAGACGCAGCUGCCGGCGGUUCUCGCGCAAAUGACUGCCAGCAUGUCGGGGUCGCACUCCCGAGGAACGCAGGGCAGCUUUUCUGAUCUUCUGAGCACUACGCCCGAGGCAAGUAUCACCUCAAAGGAGGCGCCCCCGAAGGUAGCCGCCUCUCUAGACUCCUCGCGCAGGGGCUUCAAAAGGGUGGCUAACGCCGUGCAGGUCUCUCGAAGCCUACGAGAACCGCUGACGCAAAAAAGUAGCGCUCUAAGACCUGAUAAGCCUCGAGCGAGUGCUUCGAGUAAAUAGUGCUUGUAGCUGCGAAAAGUGUUGCACCAAGCGGCUGGGCCAUUUGCUUGCAAGAUCUGAGGGCCAACCCCGUGAGCGUCCUUAUGUUAAGUGUCUCGUCUUCACCAACUUUCAUGCAGUUAGAGUGGUGAUGGUGGGCAUCGACAAGAUGGUAAUGAUUUAUGCAUUCGACUCCGGG